CUUUCGUCCCUCUUAGCUGAUAAAUUUCUCACUCUCUCUCUCUCUCUCUACCCCCCCUCGCCCAGCCUGUCUUUUGUCGGUGUUGUUUCAGAUCUUUCUUGCUGUUUCUACACACUUGCUCAAGCCUCUUUUGGUCACCACCCCUUUUCGUCAUUCGCCAUAUAUAAGCAGCAAGAUAUAUUACUGGGAAAAAGAUCGAACCUUGUGUUUCAAGGCUUGGAUCAGAGGAAAAGAGAGAAAGGGAAAAGUUGGUUGAUGCAUCAAGUUCCGUGGGCAGAAAAAACGGGGCGGUGGUGUUUGGGGGUUCUUUCUGUAGUGGCGAUCGGCUCGGGAUUUUGGAUCCGGUAGCUAUGCGAGAGCUGGUGCUGUUGUUGCUUGGUCGUAAUCGGAGAAAUAUAUGAUAGCCAGAAAAGGGGUGUUCUGUUGGGUGGUUGAGGCUUUUUUGGAGAGGGAGUGCAUGAGGGACUGUUCAGGGAGGAGAAUAAGGUGGGACUCUGGUCUUGUGAUUCGGAGCAGAGGCAGAUGGGGCAAAUGCGGCUGACGGUGGAUUUGUCUUGUCUCUGUGUGCUCGUUUUGAGCUUGUGAAGAGGGUAAAAGACAUCUGGGUUUUGCUUGUUUUGGUCUCGAGUUUCCGAAUUCUUGGUUGUUUUGGGGAGCUAAAGGUCAAGGCUUUGUUUUUUUAGGGAAUUGGAAAAAAGAUGCAGCAGGAUCAGAGGAAGAAGAGUUCUGCAGAAAUGGACUUCUUCUCUGAAUAUGGAGAUGCGAAUCGAUAUAAAAUUCAAGAAGUCAUUGGGAAAGGGAGUUAUGGGGUUGUCUGCUCAGCAAUUGACACUCACACUGGUGAAAAAGUCGCAAUAAAGAAGAUACAUGAUAUAUUUGAGCACAUAUCUGAUGCGGCUAGAAUACUUCGUGAAAUUAAGUUGUUGAGGCUUCUACGGCAUCCUGACAUUGUUGAAAUAAAGCACAUAAUGUUGCCACCUUCCAGAAGAGAUUUUAAAGAUAUUUAUGUUGUUUUCGAGCUGAUGGAGUCAGAUCUUCACCAAGUCAUCAAAGCUAAUGAUGACUUAACAAAGGAGCAUUACCAGUUUUUUCUCUACCAGCUACUUCGUGCGUUGAAGUAUAUUCAUACGGCAAAUGUCUACCAUCGAGAUUUGAAACCAAAGAACAUUUUGGCAAAUGCAAAUUGUAAGCUCAAAAUCUGUGAUUUUGGUUUAGCAAGGGUUGCGUUCAAUGAUACACCUUCCACUGUAUUCUGGACUGAUUAUGUUGCUACAAGAUGGUAUAGAGCUCCAGAACUGUGUGGAUCAUUUUUCUCCAAGUAUACUCCUGCAAUUGACAUAUGGAGUAUAGGCUGCAUCUUUGCUGAAGUACUGACUGGGAAGCCACUGUUUCCUGGAAAAAAUGUUGUCCAUCAGCUGGAUCUAAUGACCGAUCUCCUUGGAACGCCUUCACUAGAUACCAUUACAAGGGUCCGAAAUGACAAGGCAAGAAGAUACUUAACUUGCAUGAGGAAAAAGCAGCCUAUGCCAUUUGAGCUGAAAUUCCCAAAUGCAGACCCUUUAGCGCUGCGGCUAUUGGAAAGGCUUCUUGCCUUUGAUCCAAAAGAUCGCCCUACUGCUGAAGAGGCAUUAGCUGAUCCAUAUUUCAAAGGACUAGCCAAAAUUGAAAGGGAACCUUCAUGCCAGCCCAUUACAAAGAUGGAAUUCGAGUUUGAGAGACGAAGGGUAACCAAGGAGGAUAUACGGGAGCUAAUUUUCCGAGAAAUCCUUGAAUAUCACCCUCAACUGCUUAAGGACUACAUGAAUGGAACUGAGAGGACUAAUUUUCUAUAUCCGAGUGCCGUUGAUCAAUUUAGGAAGCAGUUUGCGCAGCUGGAGGAAAAUGGUGGUAAAAGUGGUGCUUCAGCCCCUCCAGAAAGAAAGCACGUGUCUUUGCCAAGGUCGACCAUAGUACAUUCGAAUUCAGUUCUGCCAAAGGAGCAACCAAAAAUAAACAGCUAUAAGGAUCAGCCUACUCAGGCUGAGGAAGCUUCCAUAAACCCAUCCAGGAACUUCCAAGCAACCCAGAGACUUCCAAUCGCCAAACCAGGAAGAGUUGUGGGCCCAGUCGUUCCAUAUGAGAACAGGAACAUUGCCAAAGAUGUGUAUGAUCCUCGAACAAUGAUCCGAGGUACCGUCUUCCCCUCACCGGCAGUGCCCCCUGCAUAUUGCUACAAUAAAGCGAGCAUGGGAAAGCAAGAACGGCAUGGGACUGAAGCCGAGAGAGAAAUGGCUGCUGCGCAUGCCAAGCAGAUUCCGCACUGUGGGAUUGCAGCGAAGUUAGCGCCAGACGUUGCCAUAAACAUAGACACGAAUCCGUUCUUUAUGACUAGGAUAGGAGGGGGCAAAAUGGAUAACAGCGAGGAGCGGGCUGCAAUAGAUGCCAACUUUUUAGCGGCAAAGACGCAGUACGGCAGCAUUGGCACUGCAGCAGCAGCUGCUGCCAAUGCGGCUGCUCACCGGAAGGUUGGGUCUGUACAGUUUGGCAUGACAAGAAUGUAUUAAAGAAAGGGUGUUAGCAUAGUGUUGGCUUGUCUGAAUACAGUGACCCGUGACUGGCUCUUCUUUCGGUACAGAGAUGACCCAUAUUCCGCACGUUGGGUUCGCUGCCUAAAAAUGAUCGCAGGUGUCGUGCACAUCUCGCAGAGGAGGCAGCUUCGUGGUGGGCACUCGGCAAGUACAAUUGUUCGAAAACUAUACUGUUCGCAAAAUACUGCUGAUUCGAUACCCUCUCUCCCUCCCUCUCUCUCUCUGAGUUGAAGCCUUUGUACGUGUUCUGGAGAAAUGGUAUGUAGAAUAAAUAAACCAAUCUCCGAAGACGCAAUUAAUCACGAGUUGGAUCA